AUGAAGCAUCUCAACUCCUUCACUACCAAAAAGCAGGCCGAUGAGUCCAAGUCCAAAGACCCAGAGCUGCGCAACGAUCUCAUCAUCAGAGCUGCACGGGGCGAGGCGACCCCGAGGCCUCCCGUCUGGGUCAUGCGUCAAGCCGGACGAUAUCUUCCAGAAUUUCGGGCGCUGCGAGAGAAGCACGAUUUUUUCGAGUGCUGCCGUGUACCUGAGCUAGCAGCAGAGAUCACGCUCCAGCCCAUUCGACGCUACCAUGGACUUCUCGAUGCGGCUAUCAUCUUCUCUGACAUUCUCGUCGUUCCGCAGGCUAUGGGUCUCGAAGUCGAGAUGCUGCCAGGCAAAGGCCCCCACUUCCCCGCACCGCUGCACAAGCCGAGCGAUAUGGAGAGGCUCAAGAAGAAAGUCGAUGUCAAGAAGGAGCUUGGUUAUGUCAUGGAUGCCAUCAAGCUCACGAGACAAAAGCUCGAAGGAAGGGUACCUCUCAUCGGCUUCUGCGGUGCACCAUGGACGCUCAUGGCAUACAUGAUUGAAGGUGGCGGAAGCAAGGAGUUCGAAAAAGCCAAAAAGUGGCUCUGGGCACACCCAGAGGAAAGCAAGGAGUUGCUGCAGCGCAUCACAGAUGUCUGCAUUGAGUUCCUGGUUGCACAGGUCCGGGCAGGUGCCCAGCUGCUUCAAGUCUUUGACUCAUGGGCUGGCACCUUGUCCCCAUCCGACUUCCGCACAUUCAGCCUACCCUACCUUCGCGCCAUCUCGGCUGGCGUCCGCGAUGCACUAUCGUGCAAUUCGCGUGCAUGCGUCCCACUGAUCUGCUUUGCCAAAGGCGCCUUGGGUCACUCGCUCCCGGAAGUCAGCAAGGCGGGCUACGAUGUCGUCGGCCUUGACUGGACUGUUGAGCCGAGCGUCGCACGCCGGAUCGUUGAGAUGAGCUCGCCGGGCGGUACUUCCUUGAAGGCUGGAGCCGGUGCCAAUGAGGCGGCGCACCGCAUCGCGCUACAGGGCAACCUCGAUCCAUCCGUGCUCUACGCGGGUAAGGAAGCAAUCCGGCAGCAAGUAGACAAGAUGUUGCGCUCGCGCAAAGGCGGAUUUGGAGGGUCCGGCGCACACAUUGUCAACCUUGGGCACGGCAUUACUCCUGGUGUGGAUCCUGAGGACAUGAGGUACUUCCUCGAGUGCGUACACGAGAUCGGUCGUGAGGUCUGCAGCGCAAAGGAAGAAGAGUAA